AUAUUUGGAGAAUAGUGAUGAAUAUUGGGUUAAUGUAGUGAUCGAAUCUAUAAAUUAUAUAUAUAAUCAAAAUAUAAAUGAAAUUCUUAAUUCGUUUUCGUUAAUUUUUUUUUUGUUUCUAUAGGAAAUGAGUUUGGCAUUAUUGAAUCGAGAUGAUGUUAAUGUUAUUUGUGUUGAUUGGAUGUUGGGAGCAUCACCACCAUAUAGUCAAGCGGUUGCAAAUACUCGAUUAGUUGGUGCAAUGAUUGCUCAUCUUAUUAAACUUAUUCAGAAAAGUUAUCCAAAUCAAUUUAGUAGCCACAAAAUUCAUAUUAUAGGACAUAGUCUUGGUGCUCAUGUGGCCGGUUAUAUUGGUGAAAUUAUUACAGAUUUAGGUCAUAUUACAGGUCUUGAUCCAGCUGAACCAUAUUUUCAAUAUACUGAUCCAGCUGUUAGACUUGAUAGAAAUGAUGCAAAAUUUGUUGAUGUUAUACAUUCAGAUGUGGCUAGUAUUAUGUCCGGUGGUUUCGGUAUGAGUCAAUCAUGUGGUCAUGUUGAUUUCUUUUUAAAUGGAGGCGUAAAUCAGCCUGGUUGUAAAAAAAAUGUUUCCAUAAAGAAUGUUGUCGAUUAUAUAAGUAAAGAGAAAAACAUCUUUGAUGGCAUACGUCGAUUUAUUGGCUGUAAUCACGCUCGUUCAUUUUUAAUAUAUAUUGAAGCCAUUAAUUCUGAAUGUCCAUUUAUGGGUUUUCCAUGUCAAAAUUAUGAUGAAUUUAUUAAUGGACAAUGUUCAUCAAUGAUUGGCGAUCAUCCAUAUUAUCGUUAUUGUUUUCAAGUACCACGUAAAUCAUCAAUGAUGAUGACAAUGAAUCAAACAAUAUGUCCUAUUAGGCUUGGUCCAAAUAGUAUUGUUGAUUAUAAAGCCAAUAUUGAAUCGUUCAAUAAUAAUGACGACGAUGAUGAUGAUGAUGUUUAUUAUUUUAUGCAGACAAAUGAUAAACAACCAUUCUGUCAUUAUCAUUAUAAUAUAAAAUUAAUCUAUCAAUUACAAAAGAAUAAUCAUCGAUUUAAUCGACAACAACAACAACAACAACAACAACAACAACAACAAUUUCGUGGACCAUGGCGUACAUUGUUAGAUUGGCCAUUUAAUAGUAAAAUAAAUUUAGCCAUCAUUGGUACACGUAAUCGUAUCAUGGCCGAAUUUUUUAUUAAACAAGAACACUUCAAAGUGAUAAAAAGUUCAACAACAACAACAACAACAACAACAACAAUGACAACAACAAACCCCCCGUUCGUUGUUAUGAUAAAUAAAAAGUUUCAUCAUCAUCAUCAUCAUCAUGAUGGACUAAAAUCAUCAUUGGCUGAAUUCAAUGUACUCAUAAGUGGUGUUGAUUUGGGAAAAUUAUUAAGAAUCGAAAUUGAUUGGCGUAGUAGUAGUAGUAGUAGUAGUAGCAGCAGCAGCAGUAGUAGUAGUAGUACAACUACUACUACUAGUCAAAUUCAACGAUCAUUGGCAAUGAUGCAGAUAAAAACUUUGAAAAAAUUAAUUUCACAGUUAUCUAAUUCUGAAACAAUCAAUACAAUACCAUUGUUAUCAAGUUUUCUAAAUGAAUUACAACGGAUGUCGUUGAAUGCCAAUCAAACAACUCAAAUUUUGUUACAACAACAGCAACAAACAUUCAAUAAAUAUCGAUCAAAUUUAGCUGGAAUCGAUAUGAUGAUUUCAAGUAAAACUUUUGAUCAUAAUCAACAACAACAACAACAACAGCAACAGCAACAACAACAAAAUGAAUUGACAUCAUCAUCGUCAUCAUUUCUAUCAUCAAAAAUAACAUUGCCAACGGCUACAAUAACAACAGCGGCAACUAAAAAAACGAAAACAAAACAAGAAUAUUUUAUUAAUCAACCAUCAUCAAUAUUACGUGCAAUAAUAAUCAAAAAAUUAGAAACAAAUGAACAGACUAUAUUCUGUACAAAUGAAAAAGUGAUGAAAGAAAUUUUUAUUCAUCAACAAAAAUCAUCAUCAUCAUCAUCAAUACUUAAAACAUUAACAUUGAUGGCCACAAAACAUUUAUCAAUGAAUUGGUCAAUCACUGAUCAUAAUCAUCAACAACAACAACAACAACAAACGGAACAUGAGCCAUUCAUUGGGAUCGAUUCAAUUGUAUAUGAUUAUUGUAAUUCAUAUUGGCAAACAUUAUGAUCAUCAUUUUGUUUUUCAUUUAUUCCUGUUAUUAUCAUUUUUUUUUUGUUGUUGUUGUUGUUGUU